ACUCUGAAUAAAUAGGUAGUAGUUACAUGGCGCAACGAACGUUCGCAAAGUGCAGCACGAGCACGAUAACGAAAGUGUUAUUAUUAUUAACAAGACGAAAUAAUAAAUUGCUCUGUGAAUGCGACGUUGCCGCUUCGUGCAUCCGGAUGCCGGGCCGGCCGCCGCCGCCGCGCGCCACGCCUGACGCCCCGUCGGCACCCGAAUCGAAUACGAUCGUCAGGCCGCCUCCGGAGACCGGACCGAGAGCGCGUCUGUACGGUUCUUUAUUUAAAUAAUAACAACAAAUACAAGUUGAACUAUCGUAACUGCAAAAAUAACAACAAAAAUUACAAUUCCAAGGCAUUUAUUGUGAAAUUGAGCUGGUUAUCAGUAGCUUCAAUCAAAUCUGAAACAGAAAUGCCAAAGCGAGGUUCCCUGGACCCGGCGCUGAAGCUGAUAUCAGCUGUCCGCGAGCAGGGCUGCCUGUGGGACAAGGGCCACGCGCGGUAUCACGACAAGGAGGCCAAGGCGCAGGCCUGGAGGGAGGUCUGCAGCGUGGUGGAACCUAAUUAUGAGGAGGCUGAUGCCACGGAUCGGCAUGAAAUGGGGCUAUCAUUAAUACGCAAAUGGACAAACAUGAGGGACGCAUACCGAAAAACUUUAAGAAACGCAAACAAGCAAUGUAGGCCCUAUAUUUACGGAGACCAAUUAUCCUUCUUAGAUCCAAUGUUUGUUGACUUGAAGAAGACCAAACGAGAACGUAAAGAAAUAAGCCAUCAUCCUGAAGUAGAAGUGGGCGAUGAAGAUGAGCAAUGGGAGAAUGAAGUGUUCGUUGACAUAAAUGAAGACUCCGAACCAGCGGCGAAAAUGAUGAAACUCAACUCAACAGAAAAUCUUGACGAUAGCGUAGUUUCUAUUCUAGCAGGUCUCAUUCAAAAAGAAGAGGACGACGACCGUGCAUUCUUCAAAUCUAUCACUCCGGCUGUCAAAACACUAUCUAACGACACUAAGCUAGAAUUUAGAGUCGAAGUUAUGAAAUUACUUCAGCGACUCAAAAAGAGUGAUGCCAAGAAACAAUCUCGCCAAUUUAAAACCGAAGCUGAUGAUUCCGAAGCUGAUAGUGAUUGAUUGUUAAUUGAUACAAGUGGUAGUGAGACUGACACUAAGACAACAUUAAAAUAAUGUAUUAAUUUCUAUUAGUUAGAUCUAUAAGUUACCUAAUACUUAGCAUUAAAAAGUUGUUAUGUU